AUGUCUCAAGCCCGUGUCCUUGCAUUCUGGAGCAUCUCUGUGUCAGCGUCUAUGCUCGCAGCGCUCGCGUCGAGCGUGAACGUGCCCAUGCACGCGGGCGAGGCCAACAACGACACCGCCUCUUCAGCGACGUUCGCCCGGGAGGACCGAACUACGACCCCCGCGCCCCUCUGCACGUUCGAGGCCGAAAUCCCGUCGCAGUGCGAGUGCGUCGCCGCGCUUCGGCUCUCCGACGCGGUCGGGUCCGUCGGCGCGGGCGCGAUGAUCGGCGCCGUCGUCUUCGUCGCCCGCAGCGGCCUCAACGCGUUCUUCUGCGACGAGCAAAUAAACUUCAACGACGAGGAGAAAGAGUCGGCCGCUGCGGUACCGCUCGAGCGGCUCUCGCUUUGCCUCGAGUGCCCCCCCGCGCCAACGUGCACGCUCACUCCCGGGUGCAUUCACCUGGUGCACGCCGCGGAGAAGAUCCGGGAGAUUCGCGCGGAGGAUGACGAAAACGCGCGGCCCGCCAUCGACCUCGGCCGUUUAACGGUUAAAACCCCCGAGCCGUUCAACUUUGGCGCCGCAGUCCGGGGGGCGGCCAACAACGCGGUCAAGGCCGCUGCGUCGGUGGCGUGCAUCUUGGCGUACGCCAAACUCCAGCGAACCCGCCCGUACAAGUAG